CUGCCCCUGUCACAGCUGCAGCCCCUGGGCCUGCUAGUGGGUCAAGGCCUGCAUCUCAGAAGCCCAGUGUGGUUCUCUGCAAGGGCAGUCAGGAGGGGCAGUUCUCAACUAGCUGGGGAAACCUUAUUUCGAUGGUUCUUAGGAGUCACCCCUUCCCCAGGCCAGAGAGGCCCCAAGGGACAGUCCCAAGGGCAGCUCUGGAGAGCCCCAGAGACCCCAGCACUGCCACACCCUCUGAGAACAGAGAGUCUGGCUCUUCCCCUGAAGAGGCUGUCCCCAGCCGUGAGGACAGGCGCGGCCCGGCUGGACCGGUCGCAGGGGCAGGCACAGGGGGCCUGGCUGAGGCUGGAGCCCCCCCGCAGCAGAGCAGCGCCGAGACCAACGAGGCACCCACCGCAGGCCCUCCCUCAGGCCCAAGAGGGGAGAGGAUUGAGGAGAACCAUCCAGACUCGCUGCCGCCUGGAGCUGCAGAACCCAGGGCCCCCUCACGGCCACCGGAGCAGACCCAGCCUGGCUCUGCACCCUCCCCAGUUACAAGGCGGGACUCACAGCCUGUCCCCCGGCCACGGAAACGCAGCUUGUGCGAAAUAUCCCAGAGCUCUGAGGCUGAGGCCAGCCCAGCGGCCCCAGGGCAGCGCCCAGGACAGGAGCCCGGGGAGGGGCCCAGCCCUGCAGGCAGCCAGCAGGUCCUCACCAAGAAGCAGGAGGAGGCCCAAAAACUUGUGGUGUUUCUGCAGAGGCCGGCAGGCUGUGGGAGGGUGGAGGGGCCCCAGCAGCCCAGAUCCCCGGCGGCAGCGGCUCUGCAGCCAUGGCUGGACCUGGGCAGCUGCCUGGAGGCACUGGCCUUUGCCCAGCAGCACGGGGACCCCCGCCUGGCCCAGGAGACCUAUGCCUGGAUGAGUGACAAUCUGCUACACGUGCUGGGAGACCCGAGCCUCUACCGGCAGCUGAGUGGGGCUGACCGGGAGCGCAUCCUGAGCCUUCGGACCAGCCGGGGCCAGGAGGUGCUGGGGGUCCUCGUGCUGCCCAGCCUCUACCGGGUGAGCCGCUCAGGGCUCACAAGGGACUCUCGUGGGGUGGAGGCUCCCGCGGUGCGGCCCGCGCCCCCGCCCCCGCCUUCCCGCACGUACCUGCACGUGUUCCAUCCCCGGGAGAACGCGUGGCGGCCCCUGACCCAGGUGCCCCAGGAGGCCCCGCUCCGGGGCUGCGGUCUCUGCACUCUGCACAACUACCUGUUCCUGGCGGGGGGCAUCCGUGGAUCCGGUGCCGAGGCCGUCUGCUCCAACGAGGUCUUCUGCUACAACCCUCUGACCAACAUCUGGAGCCAGGUGCGGCCCAUGCAGCAGGCGCGUGCCCAGCUCAAACUGGUGGCGCUGGACGGGCUGCUCUACGCCAUCGGGGGCGAGUGUCUGUACAGCAUGGAGCGCUACGACCCGCGCACGGACGCCUGGACCUCCCGUGCGCCCCUCCCUGCAGGCACCUUCCCCGUGGCUCACGAAGCUGUGGCCUGCCGGGGGGACAUUUAUGUUACCGGCGGCCACCUCUUCUACCGCCUGCUCAGGUACAGCCCCGCGAAGGACGCGUGGGACGAGUGCCCCUACAGUGCCAGCCACCGGCGGUCCAGCGACAUUGUGGCUCUGGGGGGCUUCCUGUACCGCUUCGACCUGCUGCGGGGCGUGGGCGCCGCGGUGAUGCGCUACAACACCGUGACCAGCUCUUGGAGCCGGGCCGCCUCCCUGCCCCUGCCCGACCCCGCCCCGCUCCGCUGCGCCGCGCUGGGCAACACCAUUUACUGCCUCAACCACCAGGUCACAGCCACCUUCACGGUCUCCGAGGGGACCGCCCAGUUCCAGGCCAAGGAGCUACAGCCUUUUCCCCCGGGGGCCAAAGGGGUCCUCUGCCCAUUCAUCCUGACGCUGCCCCCCGCGGACCCGCUGCAGACCGCCCUCUGAGUGGCUGCUGGAACCCCAGGGACUUCAGCGCUGCUCUCCGGGGAGACCCUGGGGCAGAGUCUGAGGGCAGGCGGGCCACAGGGAGGAGGCUGUGAUCCAGAACUUUCUGCUGUUGUUCCCGGGACGACUUUCCUUUUCUGUUCCAACAGGCCUCCUGACUCCGCCUUCCACC